GAGAGAGUGAAGAAGAGCUUGCAGGACUGGAGAUAACAUCUGGUCAACUUACGACAUGAGGGUGUGCAUCAUUGGAGCAGGGGUCAUCGGCCUCUCCACCGCUCAGAGCAUCUACCAGCACUUCCACAGCAGGAUCAGCUCCCUCACCAUAGAGGUGUAUGCUGAUGUCUUCACUCCACUCACCACCAGCGACGGGGCAGCUGGACUCUGGCAGCCCUAUCUCUACGACAAGGGCAACGUGCAAGAAACUAAAUGGAACAAAGAGACGUUUGACUAUCUUCUAAGUUGCCUCAGCUCUCCAGAUUCAGUGAAAAUGGGAAUCUUCCUCCAGUCGGGCUACAAUCUGUGCCCUGAAACUGCACCAGACCCCUCAUUUAAAGAUGCCGUGUUGGGUUUUCGCCAGCUGACUAAACGUGAACUAGACAUGUUCCCUGGAUACAGUUUUGGGUGGUUCAACACCGCUCUCAUGAUUGAAGGAAAGACAUACCUGCCCUGGCUUAUGGACUGGUUAAAACAAAGAAAUGUCAAGUUUCAUCAAAGAAAGAUUGGUUCAUUUAAAGAGUUGGCAGAUAGUGGUGCUGAUGUUAUCAUCAACUGCUCCGGUGUCCGAUCAGGAGACCUCCAGCCUGAUCCUGAGCUCCAGCCAGCCAGAGGACAGAUCAUUAAGGUAGAUGCUCCCUGGAUAAAACAUUGGAUCUGCACAUAUAAUUUCUCAUCUAGAGGUCAUUCAGCGUACAUCAUACCCGGGAGUCGUUUAGUCACUGUGGGUGGAGUUUUCCAAGUAGGAAACUGGAAUCUGCAGAACAGUUCUGUUGACCACAAAAACAUCUGGGAAGCGGCCUGCAAACUUGAGCCCAGUCUACUGCAUGCACGGAUAGUAGAGGACUGGACUGGUCUCAGACCGGCUCGCAGCAAAGUUAGACUGGAGAGAGAGACCAUACGAUCUGGACCGACCUCGUUUGAGGUCAUUCAUAACUAUGGUCAUGGUGGUUUUGGAAUGACCAUCCAUCGUGGAUGUGCUGAGGAAGCUGCUCGUCUCUUUGGACAGAUCCUGCAGCAGAAAUGCCCGCUAGCUCUCUCUAAAUCACGUCUCUAAUAGAUAUAUGACUCUGGACAAUGUUAGACAUAAUUUUAUCAGACAUCAGCAAUAGUCUCCUUAAUUCCAUAGCAGCUGACAUACUAAUUCCAAAAGGAACUCCAUGAGUUUAAGAAUGUAUCCUUAAAUACUGAGAUGUAAAUGUACAUCUAUUAUUAUUAUACUUUAAUAGAGUUUUUAAAUAAAAGAUAACAUAACACAAUCAUAACAGAGAUGAAUUGUCAGCAUGUUAUUUAGCCAAUGUACGAUA